GUUAAAUUGGUAUAUAUUACAAUUGUAAUAACCAACAUUACUUGUGUAGAGAAAAGUUACGAAAAGAAAUAGAGAUUUUCAGGGAAGUAGUAUAAAAUCCUCAUAGAUUAAAAUAAGCUGCUUUGACAGGUUUUGUGGCGGCUAGAGCUGUAUAGACUGGUGGAGGCAAGCGGGAUCGAACCGCUGACCUUCUGCGUGCAAAACAGAUGCUCUACCAGCUGAGCUAUACCCCCAGGUAAUUCUUGCUUAAAGCAUAAAUCACUCAGGCUGAAAUGCAAGAAAUAUUUAUCUAUUAGGCUAUUGCUAAAUAGUGUACAAAUUCUGCAGGGUGUACACACUUCUCUAUUUUUUUGUCUCCUUAGCGUUAUACGUCACACCAUCCAAAUAAAUCUGUGAACUGAAAAUUAACAAGAAGUUUUCCUUUAAAAAUUUUUUAACUAAAUUAUCACUAACGCAGUAUAUUAUAUAAUUCAUUUAACCACACAUGAAAAUUUUAGUUUGAUUAAAACGGAUAAAAACUGUAUUGAUGUUUAGUAUAGCUGAAAAAUGAAAUGAUCCCGUAGCUCAGCCGGUAGAGCAACUGACUUUUAAUCAGUGGGUCACGCGUUCGAAUCGCGUCGGGAUCACUCACAAAUUUUGAAAAACAUGCUAAAAGAACAAGACAAAAUAUUCACCAACCUAAAUGGUAAAGAAACUCCACUACUUGAGGGUGCAAAAAAACGUGGUGGUUGGCAAAAAACAAAGGAAUUACUGGAUUUAGGAUCAGAAAAAAUCAUUGAUGAAGUAAAGAAAUCUGGCUUGAGAGGUCGAGGGGGUGCAGGAUUUUCCACCGGCCUUAAGUGGAGCUUUAUGCCCAAAAAUCUCCCAAAAGCAUAUUUAGUAGUCAAUGCAGAUGAGUCAGAACCUGGUACAUGUAAAGAUAGAGAUAUAUUGCGAUAUGAGCCACAUAAGUUACUUGAGGGAAUUCUCCUGGCCAGCAGAGCGAUCAGCGCAUCAGUUGCGUAUAUUUAUAUCAGGGGUGAAUUUUAUAAUGAAUAUUUAGUUCUGAAAAAAGCACUUGAGGAAGCCUAUAAAGAAAACUUAAUUGGAAAAAAUGCCUGCAAAUCAGGUUAUGAUCUUGAUGUGUUUAUCCAUAGGGGUGCAGGAGCUUACAUAUGUGGAGAAGAAACAGCUCAACUUGAAUCAAUUGAAGGAAAAAAGGGCUUUCCUCGCAUGAAGCCUCCAUUUCCCGCAGGUGUUGGACUUUUUGGCUGCCCAACCACAAUAAACAACGUUGAAACUAUAGCCAUGGUUCCAGAUAUUCUAAAUCGCGGAGGAGAAUGGUUUACAUCUCUUGGUAAACCAAAUAAUACUGGUACCAAGGUCUUUUGUAUUUCAGGACAUGUAAACAACCCGUGUAAUGUUGAAGAAGAGCUCGGAAUUCCAUUACGUGAAUUAAUUGAAAAAUACGCAGGUGGAGUGCGAGGAGGUUGGGAUAAUUUACUUGCUGUAAUACCUGGUGGGUCUUCAGCGCCAUUAAUUCCAAAAUCUAUAUGCGAUACUAUUGAAAUGGAUUUUGAUUCAUUAAGAACUGCACAAUCAGGGCUUGGUACUGCUGCUGUAAUAGUGAUGGAUAAAUCAACUGAUAUAAUAGCUGCAAUAGAGAGGUUAUCACACUUUUAUAUGCAUGAGUCCUGUGGACAAUGCACACCAUGCCGUGAAGGUACUGGAUGGAUGUGGAGGAUUAUGAAGAGGAUGGUGGCAGGAGAUAUUAAACCUGAUGAAAUAGAUAAGCUGCUUGACCUUACCGUCUUGCAUCAUAAUUUUGUUUUAACCUGUGUUCUAAUCCCCUUUUUAAACCACCCAUGUCCAACCUUUGAAUGUGUGCCAAACCGUGAUUCAUCAAAGAAAAAUAGCUCUUUUUCUGGAUACUUGCUAAUAGCUCCAUUGAGAUUUUUUUUUGAAUUCCUCUUGUUUGCUUUUAUCUUGUCCAUUAUGAACUGGUCUUGGUGUAAUAUAUGAGAAUUUCAUCUUUUGCAUAUAGCGGUGUACUGUAGAUUUGCUGAUAUUUAAUCUGAACUUUUCCUGGAUUCUUAUUCUCAUUUCUUUAAUGGUAAUAUUAGGAUUUUCUUCUAUCCACUCUUCAAUUUGCUGUAGUUGAACCUGAUUUAAUUUAGUUUUUCUACGGCGUUGUGGAGGAGCAAACAGUUUUUCUUCUCUGCCAAAUUUCAAGAGUUUUACCCACGAAGUUAGUGCGCUUCUUGAAAUGCAAUAUAUUUUUGCUACAGCCGUUAUACUGUACUUUUUUGCUGCAAUUACAGCAUUUAGUUUUUUUGAAACAUAUGCAUUAUUCCUUACUUUCUUCAGCAUUUCUUUUGCUGAUUCUACUACUUUUUCAUCCAAUAAUUUUGAUCUUAAUGCCAUUUAUACCUCAACUAUUUUACUUACUUCAUUAUGGCUUUUCUUCCAUCUUUGUCCAUCUGUUUGCCGUGUAAUGGGAAUUGGUAUAAGAGGUUGUCCGGAAACUAGUAAAUUCAAGCAUAUUCCCUCUUUAACAUAACCCUACU